GCGUCGUACGUUUCACCUGCGAAAGAUUUCCCGACUUGGCCGAGCAGAGAAGAGUGUAAUUACCAAACAAAGAAAUGCGCCUGGCUCAAAUUGAAUAAAUAAAAGCGCCCGCCGUGUGUGACAAUCACUUUGCCCACCCCCUUUGGUCUGAAAAGGAGCGCCAGUAGCAGCGGCAGCGGCAGUAGAAGAAGAAGAGACAGUAGUCGUAGUAGUAGGCGACGAACAAGAAGAAGAAGAACCAGCAGGCAGUCAGGCUGUGGCAACGAGAGAGAGCGAGAGAGGACUAAACUAAGACAGGGCUGUUCGACAACCAGUGCGAACGCGGAAGACGCGAAUUCCGAAUUCCUGAGUUCCCAACUCCAAAAGCAAUAAGCAGCCCCACAGGAAACGCAGCAUGGCCCCGGCUUUGAGCAAGUUGGCCAACAACCAGAGCGCCAUCGUCGGCGUGGCGGGCAUGACGGCGGCCCUCUGGAUAAUCGCCUAUGGCAAGAUGUCCAACAAGAAGCGAAAACCCGGCUAUGAGGAUAAAAUCCAGUACACAAUUGCGGAAAAGAAAGAGAAGAAGGCGUCAAAGGCCCAUGUGAACUCAGUAUUCUUUAAGCAGCUGCGAAAGCUACUCCCCAUCCUCAUUCCGGGCUUCUGGAGUGUAGAGACAGGCCUGCUCUUCCUGGUGGCCGCCGCACUGAUCGGUCGCUCUGUGAGCGACAUCUGGAUGAUCCAGAACGCGACUGUGGUGGAGAGCACCAUUAUACACAUGAACCGCACCAAGUUCAAGUCGGCGCUGCUUAAAUAUCUGACAGCUCUGCCAGCGAUCUCUGUUGUGACCAACGUCCUCAAGUGGAGUUUGGGUGAGCUGAAGCUGAGGUUCCGUACCAACCUCACACAUCACCUGUACAAUCAGUACCUAAAUGGCUACACCUACUACAAAAUGUCCAAUCUGGACAACAGGAUAGCCAACGCCGAUCAGCUGCUGACCACGGACAUCGACAAGUUCUGCGAGAGCGCCACGGAUCUGUAUUCCAACAUCAGCAAGCCCGUGCUGGACAUCUUCAUCUAUGUCUAUCGCCUGACAGUGAAUCUGGGCGGCAAGACGCCCUCGAUCCUGAUGCUCUACCUGCUGUUCGCCGGCAUUUUCCUCACCCGUCUGCGCCGACCCACCGGCCGCCUGACCGUCGAGGAGCAGAAGCUGGAGGGCGAGUUCCGCUAUGUGAACAGCCGGCUGAUCACCAACUCGGAGGAGGUGGCCUUCUACCAGGGCAACGUGCGCGAGAAGCUCACGCUGUUGGCCAGCUACUCCAAGCUGCGUGCGCACCUGCGCAAGUUCCUCGAGUUCCGCGUCAGCAUGGGCAUCAUCGAUAACAUCAUUGGCAAAUAUUUCGCCUCCAUUGUGGGCUUCUAUGCCGUGUCCAUACCCUUCUUCGCGGAAAACCACCCACUGCUGUCCGGGGAGCAGAGUGGUCAGCGUCUGCAGGCCUACUACACCUAUGGACGGAUGCUGGUCAAGCUGGCGGAGGCCAUUGGCCGCCUGGUGCUGGCCGGACGCGAGAUGUCCCGUCUGGCCGGCUUCACCGCUCGCAUGACCGAGCUGAUCAAGGUGCUGGGCGACCUCAACAAGGGCACCUACGAGCGCACCAUGGUCAAUGGCAACAACAUCACGCAAAAUGCCAGCGGCUCGGGGGCCAGCGACUUUGGUCCCAACAAGGGCAUCAUGUGCUUCGAGGAUAACAUCAUUCGGUUCGAGAAGGUGCCACUGGUGACGCCCAAUGGUGAUGUGCUGCUGCAGGAGCUUACAUUCGAAGUGAAAUCCGGCACAAACGUCCUGGUGUGCGGUCCCAACGGCUGUGGCAAGUCCUCACUGUUCCGCAUCCUCGGCGAGCUGUGGCCCACGUGGGGCGGCAAGGUGACGAAGCCCUCGCGCGGCAAGCUUUUCUACAUACCUCAGAGGCCCUACAUGACGCUGGGUACAUUACGUGACCAGAUAAUCUAUCCUCACACGCGCGAGGACAUGCGCCGCCAGGGCCAGAGCGACGAGGAUCUCAUGCACUACCUGGACAUCGUGCAGCUGACCUAUCUGGAGCAGCGCGAGAACGGCCUGGACGCCAUCGAAGACUGGAUCGAUGUGCUGUCCGGCGGGGAGAAGCAGCGCAUUGCCAUGGCUCGGCUCUUCUACCAUCGGCCGCAGUUCGCCAUCCUGGACGAGUGCACCAGCGCCGUUUCCGUGGACGUGGAGGGCAAGAUGUAUAGCUACUGCCGCGAGGUGGGCAUCACGCUCUUCACCGUCUCGCACCGCAAAUCCCUGUGGGCGCACCACGACUACUACCUGCAGUUCGACGGUCGGGGCAGCUACGAGUUCGCGACCAUCGACCAGGACAAGGAACACUUUGGCUCCUAAAGAGUACGCAGGUCCCCAAGCCUCCAAUCCCAGAUGACCAGGACCAGAUCGCGACCAGUUCUCCGCCCGAUUCCUAGCUGUAACUCCGGUGCUGGCAACUCCCGCUCCGUCUCCUCCUCCUCCUGCUCCUGCUCUUCAUCCAUUUUGGUGCACUCUGUAUAUACCGAGACAUGUAUAUAUGUUUUGCGAGUUGGCAAACCUUUUUUGUUUCAAUUGUGAUUGUUUCCUUUGUACGCGCUAGCUAUUCCACAAUUUAUUCCGCUUUUAAUAUAAUUAAUAACCCCACCCGCUGGGAUUUUA